AUGGUGGUUGAAGUCGGUUCUUUGAACCGCAAUGCGUUGGAACCUUUCAAGACGUGGCGCCUCGGGAGUUCAGCUUGCGAAGACGACGGCGGUAUCAACAUCGAUUCUCACCUCUUCUCACCACAGGCUCUGAGAGAAUGUGCCAAGCAUCAUGCCAACUGCCCUUCAGCUACAAUUUUCAGACGUACCUUGGUUACCACGAAUGAUCAUGGCCCGGAGCAUGAGCCAAAAACAUCUGCAACAACACCCACUGGGACUGCCCAGACAAACACAACCACCCCUUCACCGACCACUCCACCGAUGGUACCAUCUUUCGUCUUCAUCACCAGCCAGGAGGAAAAACCAAACUUCGUUUUCUCGAGUCAACCGCCAUCAUCCAAAAGAGUGAAGCGCUGCAGAGCCGAGUCCGAUGUUGACGGCCCAUAUACAGCCGGGCUGAGUUGCAAAAAGCGUCGCUUGAGACUUCAUCUCAUAACAAGUAGACUCUCUCAGCCCUACUCCUUACCCGCAACACACAUCAUCAACCGUGAAGCUAGUCCUUUGGGCGACAAGCGUUUCGUGAAGCUGGCUGCUGUGGCCACGUCGCCCGAGGUCGGAAAACAGGGCCUGCUUCGAGAGAGCUCCAUCAUGUUGAGAGCGGCGGUACUCAAUAGAAUUCGGCUUCGAGUUCGGAAUGAGGCGACGCAGCGUGGUGAUAUCGGUGUCGCCGUCACAGCCGCGAACGCAGCCGUGCUUCACCACGGCCAGCAGCUAGCCACGGGAGCUAGGUUUGUUGCACAAUCGCCCGCACACCCAGAACACCGACAGCAACCACCACCAGCUAGAGUUAUUUUGAUGCGACCGGGGAUCUCGCCAGGUACUCCUCAUCCAACUGGUUCCCUAUCCGUCCAGGCACAGAGAAAACCAUCGCCUCCGUGGACGCCUCAAUCGACCCGAAUACAACCUGUAUCGCCGAGGUUGAACCCAACCCGGUCACCGGUCCUAGCUCCUUCAAGCACAAUGCUGGAUGAGAUGGAGGAUGACGGACUUUUGGCGUUUCCCACAUCAACUCACGAGUGUUCCUACGCAUGGGCCGAUGACGACGAUCUGGAAGAUGUGUAUUCUGACUUUGGAGCCAUUUUCGGAGGAUCGGAACAGACUGGCGAGACCGAGGACGAUGGCAAUUCUUACGAGGAAUAUCUCGAUGAAUUGGAUGGCAUUUCCUGGGUCGGUGGCAGAUAG